AUGGGAUUAUCUCAAAGCAAACAUCUACCGUGGGAACAAGCGAAACAAUAUGCUGAUCAUAUUCGUAAUCAUGGAAUAACCCAAUUUUUAUCAAUUUAUAAUAAAACAAAAAAUAGGGAUAAAGAUUGUUUAAUUGAAUAUAUGAUAAUUGUAUAUGAUGACGAAGGCAAGAACGCAAAGCUAUCAUUAAGAGGUGCGGAUAUUUUACACGAGUUGCAAAAAGAAGAGGAAGCAUUGGGGAAAGAUGAAGUAGUCGAAGCAUCAUGGCAACCUGAAUACGCAGCGAAUACUUUAAAAAGCCUACUUCGAGUUGAGCAAAAUAUGAAACUCAGAAGAAAAAUUGUAUCCAAACAUUUAGGCCCAAAUGAAAGGAUAACUACUUUGUCCAACUAUCCACGUCUUGGCUGCCCAGGUCAAUUUUUAGAGCCUCAUCAUGAACCAUUUGGGCCUAGAUUAAAAAGUUCAGUAAUAACAGAUAAUAUUAGAGAUCGUCGAGGAUCAGACAUCACUAUAAAUAUACCGAUAUUUCAUGAUAGAAAGGAUUCGAAUUUAUUUCUUGACCGUGAAGGAGCAUUACCAGAUCAUAUAUUUAUGGAUGCUGCUGUUUUUGGACCGGGCAGCUGUAGUCUGCAAACAACCAUUCAAGCUUGUAACAUUGGAGAGGCUAGGAAAUUAUAUGAUCAAUUAGCAAUUUUUGGUCCUAUAAUGUUGGCGUUAACUGCUGCAACACCAAUUUGGCGAGGCUAUCUGUCUGACAUGGAUUGUAGAUGGUUUGCACUUGUGGAAUCUACUGACGAUCGUACAAAAGAAGAACGGGGUUUAGAACCUCUCAAAAAUGAUCGAUUCGUAAUAAAUAAGCCACGUUUUGAUUCAAUUUCUUAUUAUAUAUCAACCGAUAAAACUACUCUAAAGGAAGAGUAUAAUGAUCUAAAUUCUGUGUAUGAUCAAAAUAUUUAUAAAAGAUUAAUAGAUAAUGGGGUUGAUGAACUUUUGGCACGCCAUGUGUCUUAUUUAUUUAUUCGUGAUCCUCUUUUUGUCUCUGAAGACUCGUUGGAUCAAGACGAUGAAUCGCCAUCUGAUCACUUUGAGGUGGAUGAAAAUAAGGUUAUUGCUUAUAAGAGGGAUGCAUUAAAUACCGAAAAAUUUUGGUUCAGAAAGAAUAUAUUUGCAAAUAACGAUGGAGAUGAAGAUGAAUUUGAACAAAUGACUAUUAAUGAAAUUAUAAAUGGUAAUGGUAAAGAUUUUCCAGGGUUAAUUGAUAUAAUGUUACACUAUCUCGAAUCAAUGAACAUUGAUAUUGAAACAAGGUAUCACUUGGAAAAGUACCUUGAGUUUAUUAGCAUGCGCGCUAGUGGGAAAAUCCAAACAGCAGCGACAUGGAUAAGAAAUUUUGUGCGAUCCCAUCCAAAUUAUAACCAUGAUUCAGUAGUAUCUCAAGAAAUUAAUUAUGAUCUUAUAAAAAUGAUGGAAGAAAUACAAAAGGGUCAAGUUAAGGUGCCUGAAUUAUUGAGUGAAUUUAAUGUUCAGUAA